GUCCCCGGUCAGGGCGUGUCGUUAGCUGAGCUCUGUUAGCAAGGCGGGGGCCCAGGCAAGACAGUCUCUUUUCAAUAGUCGCUUAACUGAUGUUUAAUCUACAGUAGAUAUGGAUUUCGACGCUUUAUUUAACGAAAAGACAUUUCAGUUUUCGGACUUCCAGGAGUUCACGUUUCUUCCUGGACACCAGAAGUUGACUGAACGAGUGAGAAAGCGACUGUAUUAUGGCCUGGAUAAAGACGUCUCUUUAGAUGCCCUCUCUUGCCCUGUUACAGAUAUUGCCGUCGAAAUCUUCCAGAAGUCUGCCCCAAGCCCAAUACGAAAGCUUCAGAAGAAGUAUGCUGCUCAUGUUUCCAGGGAGGCUUGCAUCUCUCCAUGUGCCAUGAUGCUCGCUCUAGUUUACAUCGAAAGGCUCCGACAUAGAAACCCUGAAUACCUACAAAAGAUCUCCUCCUCUGACCUCUUUCUGAUCUCUAUGAUGGUUGCCAGUAAGUACCUGUACGAUGAAGGAGAGGAAGAAGAGGUUUUCAACGAUGAGUGGGGAGCAGCUGGGAACCUGGACGUCAAAACUGUCAAUAACCUGGAGAUGAACUUUUUGAAUGCCAUUGAGUGGAGCCUGUUCACAGAGCCAAAUGACUUAUUUGACAUACUAAGUCAACUGGAAACCAGCAUUGCAGAGCGGCAGGGGACAAAACGUGGCUGGUUCACCUACACUGACCUGUGUGUGCUACUGGAGCAAUCAGCAUGGAGUCAAGCCCUCACAGCCAUCUACCAGCACUUUACUAAGGUAUCCUGUAUGCUCGGCCUGGUCUAUCUGACCAGUGUAGCUGGCCUUAUUGCCACCAGCGCUGUGCUGCAACAGCUCAGUCUCUCCAGAAGCAGCCAGUCCCUGCUUCCACCUCCGUCUGAGAUUAGCCCGGCCCCCCUUCAGACCUCCAGCGUAAACUCGGAAGCUGUGUCAGCACCCCAGCGCCUCCCCUGUUGUCUUCUGGCCAACAAGAGUCUGAACCGCCAGACCGGAGCUCUUGGAAUCGGCCAGCACCACACACAAAGCCCCCCACCGCCUUCCUCACAGACCUCACUAUUGUGUCUCUGGGGUUCCCUCCUCGCCUCUAUGGGUCACAUAAAUCCUGAAUCAAAUGCUGAGAUGGAAGAGCUGCAAACUUGGUCUCCUGCCUCAUUUUUCUGUCCUGGCUGUCUUGCAUCCCUCCCUCCUCUUCAGUGUGGGCUUCGAAACACCUCAGCAGUUUUCACCCAAGGUCCCCUUGAUAACCAUCAGCGUCAGGCACCAUGGCUGGCCUCCAGCCUCCUUGGAGGGGCACAACCAAGUCUGAACUCUCACCUGGGGGUGUUUUCCCCUGUUCAGCUGGUACCGUGCCAUCCAAAGUCUAUGUUACCUGUUGACAAAGCCCAAGCUCUGCUCAUGCCUGGCUAGAGAUUGGCAAACUCCCCUGCAGUCAGCCUGUAGUAAUGGACUCUGGAAAUGAAACCAGCAUUGUUUUCAUGACUCAUCAACUGCUUCAAGUCAUGGUUUUGUUUACUUUUCCAGAUCUAGAAUGCAGGCGCAGAGGCAAGAGUAACUAGGCACAUUUGGGACAGGGUGAAAGUUUGAUAACACAGCACAGUGUGAAAAUUCACUUAUAGUUCACAACUGCUGAAUAAAUUUGCCAUAAGUAAAAUGCCAUAGUCCUUAGUUAAUGCUCUGUUUUUACUGAAGAGAGAAGCUCUCAAGGGUUUUGAGGAUACUCUGAUAUGUUUUUCUUGGCUGCAACCAAAUAAUUUGCUCCCAACAUUGAUCAUCAUUUGAAAGUUCAGACGUGUGAGAUGGCGAUGCACGCCUGUUGUGAUAAGCAUGUUUUGAAUGAUUAUAUCACAGCUGUAAUGUUAAAGCGGCUUGCAGUGUGGCAGGUUGAUGAAAGUGUGUGGAGGUUUUACAGCAUAUCUGAAAGUUCAGAGUGAUCUGAGCGAUAACAGUAACUUUGUUAUGAUGUGGUUCUGAGAAGAAGGGACUAAACCAGUUUACUUUGUCUGCUACAUUUUGGCGUUUGCAUAUUUGCUUAGUGUUACCAUAUUUUUUGCACUUGUGUAUAAAGAGCUUUACAUCAAACAUUAGGCACACACCUGUAGCAAGCACUGAUUUUGUACACCAGGCAGUUUUUGUUACUGUUUGUUUGUGAAACAAAUUGUUUCCUGUUCUCGUCAUCUUCAAAAAAAGGAAACAGUUUGAAUGCAGACACAUCUCCAUACCUCAGUGUCACUGUUGUUGACCGCACAAAAAUCAAAACAAACUCCUCUUCUUCUGGUCACACAUAGCAUUUUCUUUUUCUAGUCAAUAAUAUUUUAUGUGGGAUGUCACAUAACCUGAAAGCCACUUCUGUAUCAGAUUGAAUGUUUAGCCUGUAAGUUCUCCAAGGGGAAGAAGGUCUGUAUUAAAAGGGGUUCCGGGGGGUUUCAUUCAGUUUCUAGUUGGUUUCUGGUUGGUGUUUGAAGUGAGUAUUCUGAAUAUUACAUGAAACAUGUGAAAGGCUAAAAGCAGUGUUUCUUUGUUGAUGCAGUCUGGAAUUUGCACAUCUGGCUCCCUUUUCAUUGCUAAAGGACAUUUUACUCCAUAAUUACUGCAUCAUCAAGUAUCCUUUGAACGGCGGAGCAGAAUGUAAAGAAUUGAACGCUUUUUAAGUACACAGUUACACAUGGUCCCCAGGACAGUUACUUUGUGAUGAACCUUUGACAAAUUGCUUUGAGCAUCUAAAUUUGAUACACUUUGAAGCACGAAGUCCUUUAAUUUUGUACAUGGUGUAAAAUGCAAAUAUUGUACAAAUCUGUAGAAGAAGAGCUAAUAAAGAUCGCAUUUCUUUGUGA